AGGGGCUUGGAGGGUGUGCGGGCUCCGAGGCUGUGCGGGCUUGGAGCGUGUGAGGAAGGUGUGUGGGUCCACUCUUGGGAGGUCGGGUGUGUCUAGGAAGGGAUGCUAGCAGGUGAUGCAGAAGGCAAGGUCUGUUGACUCGAGCCUGUGGAUGGGGAAGAGUGGGAUUUGGUUCAGAAGGGGCAGCCACUUGCUGUAGGUGAGCUGAAGGGGGUGAGGAAUACUCAGGAUUGUGAGAAGGAAUGGGGGGUCCUCCUGGAAGAGACCAGGGUCUGCAGCUGAUGUGUUUGAUUGGAUGGUGCCGGUUGCAGUGCUGUGGUCUGUGGGCCUGGGGCAUGUUCGGCCAGAGUGGGUGGGGUGCAGAGAGAUCCUGGAGAUAAGCAGGACAGUGGAGUGUCCCUUCCCCUCCCCCAGCAAAAAGUAGAAAUGAGUGAGUGUGAAACCCAAGGAGGGCACUCUCUGAGGCAGAGGUGCCUGAAUCUGGGUCUCUGCUGUGGUUUGGCUUGCUUGAGGGGCUUUACUCUUUCAGGUUGAUGCCUCGCCCCCAAAACUCUCUCUUGGGUGUGUAUCUUAGAAUCUACCUCUGCCCUACAUUUUGGAAUUCAGUCGCUCAUGAAACCAGAGCUGUAUAGUCAGGACAGUGAAACUUACAGCUCAGCCUCGAGGACAGAAGAGAAAAAUACAUUAGUCCUUUGGGGAUUUUUCUCAGCCCAUCUCUAAGAUAAUUAAUAAAGAGUUAUUGUGCAUCUCAGCCCCUCCUUCUUGCUUGUACUUAACGUUCUCUGCUGCUUCAGGAAGAAUCUCAGAUGUACUUGGACCAGGCCCUGUUUUGGAGAACUUACACAGUCUAAACCUGACCUCCCAAGAUAGCAGUAUCUGGGUUUCAGUUUUAGGAACUUCUAUUCAGGGACAAGGAUGGGAAAGCAUGCAAAAUACAAUGUUUCUGUUUGAUUUUUCAGCAGGUAUUGAUGUUUCUUGGAUUUCUAGUUUCAGAAAAGCUAAGUGGAUUUUUUGGGUUACAUUAGUCAUUGAGGAUUUAGGUGGUGGGAGAACAGAUUACAUGUAAAACAGUAGUCCCAACCCUUCAAGACUUUAAUUAAUGGACAGUUGGGAAUAUGUCAGAAUCAUGCUCUAUUAUUUCCACACUCCACAUAAAUCAAAAAUUUUAAAGUUCUAUCUGAGUAAAAUAAAUAAAUAUACACACACGUAUAGCAUUGAGCUGGCUGCCAUGGUACCCAGAGGGUGCACCUAGGCAGUGACUGAAGGUGAUUUUAAAUGAGUUAUCAGAGUUGUGGAUUCCUUUUAUGGAAUCCCUUUACUGAUGGUGGUUACAGGCUGUUGGCCAGAUUCCGUGUUUGUGGGCGUUUGACUCUAACCUGAAUUAAUGUAACUGCUUUAUCUGUGGUAUGUAUGUGUGUGCACACUGAAUGCUUGCUGUACUUCUCCGUGGGAACCCAGAUAUUUUGGUAAUUGGAGCAUGUUUCAAUAACAGCAGUAAUUUGGAGAGAUGUUCGUGUGCUUCCAGGGACACCAAAGGUCUUCUGUCAUUUGACAGCCAAAAAUAUAUGUGAAGUUUAAGAAAUGUUUCUUCUGGGCUAUGAAAAAAUAAUUUAAAUGAUUAGGGGGACGUGUUCACACAAAUCAAAAGUUAGGCUACCAAGACAGCACAUUUUUAUAAUAAAGGGCUAGAUCUUGAAUUUGCUGCUAUUUCGGCACCUGUGAAGAGCUGACAUUUGGCGUCUAUGACAAGUGUUGUUUUCCUUAAUGUUAAUGAAUUAGGUAUUUAUUGGUGCCCAUUAGUUGCAAGACGUUGUGUUAGAUGCUGUGGGCCCUGCAGAAAAUGUUUAAAUCAGGCUGCUACAAAUCAUUUACAUGGAAGACAUAAGCACUUUAAGAGAUAAGUGACAGUGACUUGUCAUUAGCCUCCUAUUAGAACGCAGUGACUUGGUUUUUUCUCAAGGCUAGUGAACUAGAGUAUCUCCAUCUGUAAGGCUCAGAGCACCAGGUGCGGGUCCUCUUUCCUGAGAUGGUGUCCCCGACAGGAGGACACUAGACAUCCAUGAACUGGUGUGGAGACAUCAAAGGUGCUCAUUCCGUGUUGAUGGGACUCAAAAAAAGGACUUUGCAGUUGAAGUGGUCCAAGAGCAGCAGAGUGUCACAGCCCGUGGGCCUUGACGAAGGAGCAGGCUGUUCCUGCCGAGGCUGAGAUUGCAGCCUACACUGUAGUUUUCAUACAAAGUCAUUAGCUGCAGAACAAUAAUUGUGACCCAUCCUCCAUCUCUAGAUGCUUCUAGCUGUUGGCAGCUGCUGGCAGGUGAACUGAAGUGUGUGCAGUGUGAGAAUGCAGUCUCCUUCUAGGCAGACCACUUACAUCCAGCAGGCCAGGUGGGGAGGUGUAGCCUGAGCUUGUGGGCUCAGUGACAGGGAGGACCAAAGACCAUGGCAGAGUCCCGGUCCAGGACAGUCCUCCCUCAUACAAGACAGGCAUCUGACAGCAGAAACAAAACCCAUAGUCACCUGACCUCUAAGAGGGACAGAUUGAUUCACUUUGGAGCUGUAAGUACUGAUGUAUUAGGGUGCAGCGCUCAUUGUUCAUUGACGCACAGAGUCCCAAAAUGAAUAUCCAAGAGCAGGGUUUCCCCUUGGACCUCGGAGCAAGUUUCACUGAAGAUGCCCCCCGACCCCCAGUGCCUGGUGAGGAGGGUGAACUGGUGUCCACGGACCCCAGGCCCAUCAGCCACAGCUUCUGCUCUGGGAAAGGUGCCGGGAUUAAAGGUGAGACUUCAACAGCCACUCCGAGGCGCUCAGAUCUGGACCUGGGGUACGAGCCUGAGGGCAGCGCUUCGCCCACCCCUCCGUACUUGAAGUGGGCCGAGUCGCUGCACUCCCUACUGGAUGAUCAAGACGGGAUAAACCUGUUUAGAACUUUUCUGAAGCAGGAGGACUGUGCUGAUCUCCUGGACUUCUGGUUUGCCUGCAGCGGCUUUAGGAAACUGGAGCCCUGUGACUCGAAUGAGGAGAAGAGGCUGAAGCUGGCCAGAGCUAUCUACCGCAAGUACAUCCUCGAUAACAAUGGCAUUGUGUCCAGGCAGACCAAGCCAGCCACCAAGAGCUUCAUAAAGGACUGCAUCAUGAAGCAGCAGAUUGAUCCUGCCAUGUUCGACCAGGCCCAGACGGAAAUCCAGUCUACCAUGGAGGAGAACACCUACCCCUCGUUCCUCAAGUCCGAUAUUUAUUUGGAGUACACGAGGACAGGCUCGGAGAGCCCAAAGCUCUGCAGUGACCAGAGCUCCGGGUCGGGGACAGGGAAGGGAGUACCUGGAUACCUACCCACUUUGAACGAAGAUGAGGAAUGGAAAUGUGACCAAGACGUAGACGAAGACGAUGGCAGAGACCCUGCUCCCCCCGGCAGGCUCACGCAGAAGCUGCUCCUGGAAACCGCCGCCCCGAGGGCCUCCUCAAGUAGACGGUACAGCGAAGGCAGAGAGUUCAGGUGUGGAAGCCAGGCGUGGUCACAGAACCAGCCGAAGGCGGAGUGGGGCCGGUUCCUGCUGACGACGACGGGCAGGUAUGGAUCCUGGCGGGAGCCUGUCAAUCCCUACUAUGUCAACUCUGGCUAUGCCCUCGCCCCAGCAACCAGCGCCAACGACAGUGAGCAGCAGAGCCUGUCCAGCGAUGCUGACAGCCUGUCCCUCACCGACAGCAGCGUGGAUGGAGUCCCACCAUACAGGAUCCGCAAGCAGCACCGCCGGGAGAUGCAGGAGAGCGUCCAGGUCAACGGGCGCGUGCCUCUACCUCACAUUCCUCGCACGUACCGAAUGCCAAAGGAAGUCCGUGUGGAGCCCCAGAAGUUUGCCGCAGAGCUCAUCCACCGCCUGGAGGCUGUGCAGCGGACACGGGAGGCCGAGGAGAAGCUGGAGGAGCGGCUGAAGCGCGUCCGGAUGGAGGAAGAAGGUGAGGAUGGUGAUGUGUCCUCUGGCCCCCCAGGGGCCAGUCAUAAGCUGCCUUCAGCCCCGGCCUGGCACCACUUCCCACCCCGCUAUGCGGAUGUGAGCUGUGUGGGGCUGCGGGAUGCACACGAGGAGAACCCGGAGAGCAUCCUGGACGAGCAUGUGCAGCGAGUCAUGAGGACACCGGGCUGCCAGUCACCAGGGCCCGGCCACCGCUCCCCAGACAGUGCGCACAUGCCCAAGAUGGGAGUGCUAGGAGGCACAGUGCCCGGGCAUGGAAAGCACGUGCCCAAGUCGGGGGCGAAGCUGGACACAGCUGGCCUGCACCUCCACAGACACGGCCACCACCACGGCCACCAUGGCUCAGCUAGGCCCAAGGAGCCUGCCGAGGCCGAGGCCUCCCGCCGGGUCCAGAGCAGCUUCGCGUGGGGCCCAGAGCUGCACGGCCACGCGGCCAAGCCCCGAAGCCACGUGGAGAGCAUGGGCGCCGCCCCCACCACCAGUGACAGCCUGGCCUACAGCGGGAAGGCAAGCAUGACCUCCAAAAGAAACUCCAAGAAGGCUGAGUCGGGGAAGAGCACCAGCGUGGAGGCGCCAGGCCCCUCUGAGGAUGCAGAGAAGAACCAGAAAAUCAUGCAGUGGAUCAUCGAGGGCGAGAAGGAGAUCAGCAGGCACCGGAAGGCUGGCCACGGGUCGUCCGGGGCAAAAAAGCAGCAGGCCCACGAGAGCUCCCGGCCCUUGUCCAUCGAGCGCCCCGGGGCCGUGCACCCCUGGGUCAGCGCCCAGCUCCGGACCUCCGUGCAGCCCUCGCAUCUCUUCAUCCAGGACCCCACGAUGCCGCCCAACCCGGCCCCCAACCCUCUGACGCAGCUGGAGGAGGCCCGCCGGCGCCUGGAGGAGGAGGAGAAGAGGGCCAGCAAGGCGCCCUCGAGGCAGAGGUAUGUGCAGGAGGUCAUCCAGCGGGGGCGCUCCUGUGUCAGGCCAGCGUGCACGCCCGUGCUGAGCGUGGUGCCAGCGGUGUCCGACCUGGAGCUCUCCGAGACAGAGACAAAAUCGCAGAGGAAGGCAGGCGGUGGGAGUGCCCAGUCGUGUGACAGCAUCGUCGUGGCCUACUAUUUCUGUGGGGAGCCCAUCCCCUACCGGACCCUGGUGAGGGGCCGUGCGGUCACCCUGGGCCAGUUCAAGGAGCUGCUGACCAAGAAAGGCAACUACAGAUACUACUUCAAGAAGGUGAGCGACGAGUUCGAAUGCGGUGUGGUGUUCGAGGAGGUGCGUGAGGAUGGGGCCGUGCUGCCUGUCUUCGAGGAGAAGGUCAUCGGCAAGGUGGAGAAGGUGGACUGACGGGCGGGCCUGGCCUCCGCGCUGCGCACCACGAGGGCCUGUGCCGGGUUGCAAGAGUGUGGCAGACACACGGCUGCUGGCGGAAGGCCAGGUGCUGCCCGCCUCACAGCUGCCGCCCCUUUGGUCCAUCUGUGUCCAGGAGGGCGGGGGGUCCCUCUGGGGUCCCACAGGCUUCCACCCACUCCUCUGCAGGACACUCAAGAGCCCACCCAGCAGGGAGCCCACCAUGGGGCUGCCUUGAGACCCUCCCCCGCGGCCCCCUGCUGCUAACCGCGGACGCCCCCGGCGCUCACCCCACAGGCUCUGCUUCUCCUUCUGGGACUCGCCCGCCAUGGCCUGCCCUGGUCAGGCCUGUCCCAGAGCCGGGGUGCAGGGGGCCCCGUGGGGCCUCUGUCCAUUGUACAUGUCACCGAGUGCCUUCAACACAGCUUGUCUCUUGCCUCACUGUGUGGACCCGGCGACGGAGCACCGAGGCCCAAGCGUGGGCUCAGCGGGUCCCGGGCCCCUUCCUCCUAAGGGCCCAUGUAAAUAUGUACAUUUCUCAGGCCUGGGCCAGCGGGGAGGGGCUGCCCCAAGCCCGUUUUUCAUGCGCUGACUUGUACAAUUAUCUUUUCAAAGGUACUUGGAUAAUAAUGAAAUAAAACCAUUUUUGAAUCUU